UUCAACUUCCGCUUGGGUAAUGUGUUGUUAAUCUGCUGGUAAAGAAGUUUGUCAGCUGAUCAGUUGUUGAAAUAAAAUGUAGAAGUUUAAAUAGUAGUAAAUUCUGUGAAAUUUAAUGUAAAUCUCAAGGAGCAGCAGAUUUCCAGAUGUUUGUUCUUUCAGCAGAUCCACAUGGCAGGCGUUAAAGUGUUCCUCGAGUCCCUGAGGAGGGGACUGAAGGUGGACUUGAUCAGGGAAGUGGCUCGGCAGUACCCGUUCAUCUGCUUCGUGCUCGUCUCCAUGCUCUCCUCAACCAUCGUCCUCAACAGAUAUCUUUACGUCCUGAUGACAUUUUGGUUCUUCCUGGCCGGAGCGAUCACCUUCUACUGCUCCCUCAGUCCCGACAGCCUCGUGCCAAACGUCCUGGUUUCCAUAACGACCAAGGAUAAACAGCCGGAGCAGCAGGAGCUCUUCCCCCAGGGCCACAGUUGUACAGUUUGCGGGAAGAACAAGUGCAGACGGCACAGACCAGCUCUUCUCCUGGAAAACUACCAGCCAUGGUUGGGGUUGAAGGUGCAUUCGAAAGUAGACGCGUCCAUCGGAGAGGUCUUGGAGCUGGUCCUGGAGAACUUUGUGUAUCCAUGGUACAGGGAUAUUACGGAUGACGAGGCAUGCGUGGACGAGCUCAGGCAGACGUUUCGUUUCUUCGCCUCCGUUCUGGUUCGGCGAGUCCAGAAGGUGAACAUUCCAUCAGUCGCCACUGGCAAAAUGCUGAAAGCAGCAAUGAAGCACAUCGAGAUCGCCGCCAAAGCGCAGCAGAAAGUGGGGAAAAACCGGACCCUGCAGCAGGUGGCGCUGGAAGAGUACGGCGCAGAUCUGCACGUGGCCCUGCGGAGCCGUCGAGACGAGCUGCUCUACUUACGGAAGCUCACAGAGAUGCUCUUUCCUUACGUCAUGCCUCCAAAAGCUACUGACUGCAGAUCUCUCUCGCUCCUGAUUCGAGAAGUUAUGACCGGCUCUGUGUUUCUCCCCACCAUGGACUUCAUAGCCGACCCUGACACGGUGAACCACCUGGUACUCCUGUUCAUCGAUGACACUCCUCCCGAGCCUGCAACCGAGCCUCCGUCCGCGCUGGUGCCCUUUCUACAGAAAUAUGCAGACUCGCUCAACAAAAAUCUCUCUGUGCUGAAGCUGGACCUAAAGGAGAUUCGUGAGCAGCAGGAUCUGCUGUUCCGCUUUAUGAGUUUCCUGAAACAAGAGGGAGCCGUGCAUGUGCUGCAGUUCUGCCUCGCUGUGGAGGAGUUCAACGACAAGAUAUUAUGUCCGGAGCUGAGCGAUUUCGAGAUGCAGUGCCUCCAUAGCGAGGUGAAGAAGAUCUACGUGACGUAUUGCCUGGACGAGAGCAUCGAUAAGAUCAGCUUCGACCCGUUUAUCAUCGAGGAAAUCCGCAACAUUGCCGAGGGCUCAUACACGGGCGUCGUGAAGCUGCAAAAGAUGACUUGUCUCUUCGAGGCCUAUGAGCACGUUCUGUCCCUGCUGGAGAAUGUCUUCACCCCCAUGUUUUGCCACAGUGAUGAGUAUUUCAGGUACCUGCUGUGUGGCGUGGAGUCUCCUCUCAGAAAUGCGAAACUAAACAGGAAUUUGAGUUUGGAUGAUUUAAGGAACCCACCGAAGCGGGGCGAGUCGUUUGGGAUCAGCCGCAUCGGCAGCAAGCUGAAGGGCGUGUUCAAGAGCAGCACCAUGGAAGGAGCGAUGCCGCCCUCGUACACCAUGGUCGAUGGAGAAGAGGACACGGUGAGGCCUCCCUUCUCGAGCGCUAGCGAUCUAAACAAAGUGGGAAACGGACCGACGCAUUCCGAGGUGGAGGAGGCGACCGUGGUAGUGGAGGACGAAAGUCCCGUGCCGGUCGAAGUGGUGGCUACUCCAGGAACCCAGAGGAACCUGUCGGCGUGGACCAUCUGCAUACCUUUCAUAGAUUUCUGGGAAGAUGAAGCCAAGAAAGAGCGCCUCCCGGUGUUCUGCAUUGAUGUGGAGCGGCACGACCGCGAACAAGUGGGCCAUGAGACUGAAAGCUGGUCGGUUCUCAGAAGAUACCUUGAGUUCUAUGUCCUUGAAUCCAAACUCACCGAAUUCCAUGGUUCAUUCCAGGAUGCGCAGCUCCCUUCCAAAAGAAUUAUUGGACCAAAGAAUUUCGAGUUCCUGACCUCGAAGCGUUUAGAGUUUGAGGAAUACCUGCAGAACUUGUUGCGACACCCCGAGCUGAGCAACAGCCAACUGUUAGCAGACUUCCUGUCCCCUUAUAGCACGGAGACGCAGUUCCUCGAUAAGAUGCUGCCUGACGUCAACCUGGGAAGGAUUUUUAAGUCGGUACCGGGGAAACUCAUCAAGGAGAAAGGACAGAACCUGGAGCCGUUCCUCCAGUCGUUCUUCGUAUCGUGCGAGCAGCCGAGACCCAAACCGAGCCGUCCGGAACUCACCGUCCUCAGCCCGACUGCUGGCAGCAACAAAAAGCUCAACAACGAACUGUAUAAAAACAACGCCGCCCACGUGGAUACCAUGGACAAGAAGCAUAAGCAGAACUAUUUUUUCGAGCCGAUGGAGCUGGAGGGGGUUUAUGACUAUAUGAUGUUUGUGGGUCGUGUGGUUUUCCACAUGCCCGACUGGCUGCACCACAUGCUCGCUGCAGGUCGUAUACUCUUCAAGAAGACCCUGGAAGCUUACAUGGACCAAUACCUCCAGAACAAACUGGACCAAAUCCUACAGGAACAUCGCCUCGUGUCCUUAAUCACACUCCUGAGAGAUGCAGUCUUCUGCGAGAACAACGAAGAGCGCUCGCCUGAAGACAAACAAAGAAGAGCCAAGCAAACCUUUGAAGAGAUGAUGAACUACCUGCCAGAUACCGUGGUUAAGUGUAUAGGGGAGGAAAACAAAUAUGAGGGUAUACAGCUGCUCUUCAACUGCCUCCAGCAGCCUCUCCUCAACAAACAGAUAACUUACGUUCUGCUCGACAUUGCAGUUGAAGAGCUUUUUCCAGAGCUCAGUGCGAAAACCCAAGAAACAGCCCGAUGUAAAGAAUAAACGGCUGCUCUCUGUAAAUGUAAAUGCUCUUGAAGACUUACGGACAUUCCAGUGUUUUAUUAUUGUUGCAGUGCUGAAAUAAAAUAUAUAUUUAUUCAUUUUAA